AUGGCAAGACAAUCACUCUCUCCGAUCGAGCAACUCAAGCCUCGGACGAGCGCUCGGAACCUCAGUGGCCUGUUGCGAUACAUCACUGCAGCGCUGGCACUGCUUCUGACGCUCAACUCCAUCACCCAUUUCAACACGACGAGCGCACCUUUUCAAUGGUUCUCGCUCCUGCUCCCAUCGACGUCGAACGAUGGCCUCCAUCCGACAUACUUGCGCCACCUGGCCUCGUCUCUACAAAAGACUGAACAUGGCGGCCUGUCCCCAAAGUUGGGGCUGAAUAUCGGUCGGUAUGCAAGAGUCGAUCCACUCUACCCCUCGGGUUAUCAAUGGAUCGACUCGGACACCCGCGAACCGUUCCACAAGGACUAUCGCCGCUGGGCCAAUACCAACAAUGCCAUCUCACGAUUACCUCCCGGGAGCGGCUUCGACGCCCUCGUCGUCGCCCGAGGUAUGUCGAACGAGUACCAAUCUGCCGAGGACCCGCAAAGCGACAAGACCUCGUGGUUGCGCAAUAGCACACUUAUCGGAUUCUAUGCAAACUUUGACGAAAAGGCAAGCAUUUGGAAGCGGGCGGGUCCUGCGCCUUACGUCUUGGACCUGCCAGUCUGGCGCCAAACGCCACGCCCCUGCCUCGAUCGAGUCGAAGCAGGUCCGGAAGAUCCGCGCCUAAUGUGGACCGACGAGGGACAGCUCUUGCUCGUCUUUGGAACCACGUCACAGGUAUCCAAAGUCUGUCGUUCGAUGGCCGUCGUCGACCUCCGUGUCGUCUGGCCCGAGUUUGCGGAUCUGAUGACUCGGCUCGGACAUGGCGACGUCCCGCUUCGUAUCGAGGCCGUCACCGAACUGGGCAAAGAGGGUCCCAAGGAGCCUUACGAGAAGAACUGGGCACCGUUCUUCGCUGGCGCAUCGGCGCCUUCUCGUCGAGCUCGUAUCUACCGGCCCUGGUUCGACUCGUCGAGCGAAGGCUUUACGCCGUCCAACUUUCCGCAGUUUCACGCCAACGUAGUCCCCUCGAUCGUUCUACAGACGGCGAGCGAUCCGGACCUCCUCGCAUUGCCGGUAGAAAAGGUAGCUUUGACGGGCUCGACCACAAAGACCGACUACAUGACCCUGGUCGAAUCCGAAUCAUCCACUCCGUCGAUCGCCAAUGACCUCCUUUCCGAAGCUGCAAACACCUGCUUUCAAGCGAGCUUCCCAAACUUUCAAAUCCAUUCGAUACAUCAAGCUACGCCGUAUUACAGGGUGACUCUGUGUCCUCGCGGGACUUGCAAGCCGGACUCGACCAACACCGUCCUGUUCGCGUUGGGUCAUCUCAAGAUAUCUUGGAACGAGUACAGAAGAUUCUUCAUGACGCUUUCGGUGGAUGCACCACAUGCGCCUAUAUCCGUUUCUCAGCCGGUUCAUCUAGGCUCACACGAGUUCGACUCGGGUGUAGUCUUUGCGGUCAGCGCGGCAUUCUUCCCCUCGUCGCAUGUGUUUGGUGGUUCGGACGGCGCCAAUGACAAUACCACGGAGAGCGAUCCUUUCUUCAAGCAAGAAUCGUGGGACCCGUCUCCGGAAUCACACCUCGGCCACGGGUGGUUGGACGAUACCCUCAUCAUCGGAGCCGGUUGGAAAGACACCGAAAUGGCUUCGUUUCACAUGCCGCUAGCUAGCGCUUUGAAACAGCAUCGUCUGUGUUGA